CUUUCGUGUUCUCCAGAUUAACCAACGAUGCAGGUCUAUUCUGACUAGAGAAUAAAUACUGUAUAGCCUACAUUUUUUAAAUCAUGCAGCACUUGAAACGAGUCUGAGCAGGGAGAUUGCACCAUGGGUCGCAUACAGGAUCUGUCUAUUAUCUUGGACAACACUUCUGCGGUUUACAGGGUCGGGGAGAGUAUUUCCGGCUCCGUGUCCCUCACGCUAUCCAACUCUACAAAAAUUCCACGAAUAAGCAUUCAUCUGUUAGGAAAGUCUAUGGUACAUUUUGGGAAGGAGCCGAAUGAGGACAAUGACGGUGGUGGUGAUGAUGAUGAUGAUGAUAAAAAUAAGAAAAACGAUGACAGUGAGGUGUACCUAGAUGAGUACAAGAUAAUAUGGGGCGGCGCUGAUGCAAGUACGAUAUUUGCACCUGGAAAAAAUAAUCUUCGUUUUGAAUUCGUAUUACCGUCAAGUUGUUUACCGACUUCUUUCGAGGGUGAGCAUGGGUAUGUUCGAUAUUGGCUAGACGCAGAAAUAGAUCCUGGUCAGUUUACAUUCGAUAAAAAGUCAAGAAAAAUAAUUACAGUGAUAAACAGAGUUGAUUUGACACACCCAACGUACACAGUUAAAAUCAGCGCUAAUAAGGAGAAAGUUAUACGUAAUGCUGGAUGCUGCUCAAAGCAACAUAAAAUCUACUCCAACCUGGUCCUUGAAAGACGCUCAUAUUCUCCAGGAGAGAGCUUAAUAUACAGUGGUGAGAUAAUGAAUAGCUCUAAGAAAAAGGCGAAACCAAGCAUAUCAUUCCACCAGAAAUCAACUUAUACCCGAGAAGAGAAAAGUAAAGUAAUUGAUAAGGUGGUAGCAGCGGAAGACUUACAGACUGUCAACAAACAAGACACGCAGAACUGGACCAACUUCGCUCUACAAAUGCCACCAAUCCCACCAUCAUUCAAAUGCAAAUCCAUUGAAGUAGAAUACUAUCUCAAGCUUUCAUUAAAGGUGUCGAGAUCAAAGGAAAUUUCAGUUUGCAUACCUGUACUAAUUGGAACGGUGCCGUUACCAACGUCGCUGUCACCAUCAGAUAACACUGCUACAUUAAGUUCGUCUUCAUCGUCGUCUGGUUUUGGUAGAAGUAAAAGUAUGAGUACAGAGUUCUUGCUCUCAUCGUCUGCUUCCCACUAUGCGAGUAGUGUAUUCGGACCGGUCGACAUGGAUACAAGUGACAAAGUGAUAGGAGAUUCAAAAUAUAUACCAAUGUACAGCUUUUUUAACCCGACAUAGAAGCUAAUCAUAAUAUACAGAUCUUAUCUAGUUGGUGUCUGUUGUCAUGCAAAUUAAAUAUAAUACAAAUAUGACAAUAAAUGCAUUCUUUACAUUCCUUUCUUUUAUCUUGAUGAGAACAUGUUAUUUACUUGAUCUAUAUGAAAUAAUGAAAUAUAGUACUAUACUGUUCUACAUGCCUGGUAUAAUAUCUUGUUCGACUGCACAUUAGUAUAAUACUCUGAAAACGAUAGUAAUUUCUGUCCAUGUCAUCUUUGGCACUGCAAUCGGUAAUUGAUUUAUAUGCUUAACUGUUUGUGGAUUAAUCACUUUGAUUUUGUAUAAAUCUAAUUUAUUUUUUAAAUGAAACAUAAUAAAAUUGUAAAUAACAUGCAAUUUGGUCCUUGAUGAUCGUGGAUGGAUGGACCAAAUAAAGUGGUGUUGAUCAAAUGCAUUCAUGCCAGACCUGUGGACAGAAACAUAGCAAGCGUCUCUUUAGGUUAUCACUCACGCUAGAGUGAUAUCUGGCCAUGGAUAGACCUAUAACAGGCUUAUGAAAAUGACAAUUGAGCUAAGUUCUUACAAAUACACAGGCACAAGUAUUGAUUUUCUAAUAAUUACGAAUUCGACGACAGUUCUAAGAUUACAUAUUUUAAAAAUUAUAUAGAAAUUGAAUAAUGAGGAUUAUUUAUGACUACUGUAUAUAUAAAAUAAUUUAGUCAUGUAUAUAAAUAUUCAAAUUGUUAAAUAAAUAUAUAAAUGAAUAUUUUCUGUAUUGUUCUAUGCCGAUCAAUGUUAAGCAAAACAUAUACAGUCAAGUUUACUAAAUUUACUAAAACAUUGGUAGGCCUAUAUGAGGAUGAUGACGAUAAUGUUUAGGAUGGUGAUGAUGAUAAUGACGAUAAUGACGAGGAUAAUGAUGUCAGAUGACGAUGACGAUGAUUAUUAUUGUGAUGAUUAUUCAUUUUAAAGAACAUAACUCUAUUAAGUCCAUUUUCUUAAGUAUUUUAUAAGCCUAUCAUGAUUUAAAUAAAUAAAAUAA